AUGGUUAUACUUCCUUCUACAUUUAUCGGUUUACCACGUAAUAUGUUACAAAAUUAUCAAGAUGCAAUGGCAAUUGUUGCUAAAUUUGGUAAACCAGAUCUUUUUAUCACAAUGACUUGUAAUCCAAAAUGGCGUGAAAUUGAAGAAAAUCUCUUGUAUGAUCAACAAGCUUCUGAUAGACCUGAUAUUUUUAUGAAACAUAUGAUACACGGACCUUGUGCCAAUUGGUGUUUAGUAAAUGGACAAUGCUCAAAGCGUUAUCCGAGAAAUUUUCUGGAGGAAACCAAGAUGGAUGAAGAUGGUUAUCCUUACUAUCGUCGACGAAAUACUGGUACAACUUUUGAACGUCCCGGCGGAUAUACAGUUGAUAAUCGUAACGUUGUUCCAUAUUGUCCUAUUUUGUCGAUUAUAUUCAAUUGCCAUAUUAAUGUUGAAAUAGUUUCCAGCAUUAAGUCGGUUAAAUAUUUAUAUAAGUAUAUAUAUAAAGGUCAUGAUGCUGCUUCUAUAACAAUUGAACCAAUAACAAAUAAUACAGUUAUUAAUCAUGAUGAAAUACAUGAUUACAUCGAAGCUCGUUACGUAGGACCUGUAGAAGCUAGCUGGCGUAUACUCGGUAAAAAGUUACAAGAUAAAAGUCAUUCUAUAAUUCGUUUACCAGUUCAUUUGCCAAAUGAACAAAAUGUAAUUAUUGAAAAUGAUUCCAUUGAAGAAGCAAUGACUACUGCUGUAAAUCAAGUCACUAUGUUAAUUGAUUAUUUCGCACUAAAUUUACGUGACACAGAAGCAAGAAAAUAUUUAUAUACAGAAAUUCCACACUAUUAUACUUUCAAAAAAGAAAAAAUUAACGGCAAAAAUGUAUCACACUGGGUAAAACGGCAUAAUUAUUUUAAUUGCAUAGGUCGUAUGUAUUCUGUGAGUCCAACACAAAUAGAAUUAUUUCAUUUACGAUUAUUAUUACUAACUAUUAAAGGAGCUACAAGUUUUAAUAAUUUAAGAACUGUAAAUGGAGAAACUUAUCAAACAUUUUCAGAGACAUAUUUAGCUUUAGGUUUAAUUGAAGAUGAUGAUGAAUGGAUACGAGCUAUGAAUGAAGCUGUUGAGUGGAUGAUGCCACGACAAUUACGUAAAUUAUUUGUACGCAUUUUAUUACAUUGUCAACCAUUACAUCCUGAACAACUUUGGAAAAGUUUUAAGGUAGCAAUAUCGGAAGAUUAUAUAAGACAUCUCGGUACACUACAAGGACAAAGAAAAGCUUACGAACAAAUUAAUGCUAUGCUUUUAGCUGAAGGAAAAAGCUUUGCUGAUUUUCCACAAAUGGAACAAUUAGCAGAAAAUAACGAAGAGGAGGAUUACGUGACAUUAGAACAAGCUAUGGAAAUUGAUGUCUUUAUUUGGGAUGAAGCUCCCAUGGCACCACGAUAUGCUCUAGAUAUUAUGGAUCGAACACUCCGUGAUAUUAUGAAUAAUGAUUUACCAUUUGGUGGAAAAAUUGUUAUAUUGGGUGGUGAUUUUAGACAACUUCUUCCAAUUAAAGUACGAGAAAUGGGUGAUGGGAAAUUGAAUGAUUCUAAUGACAAUAUUCAAAUUCCUGAAUGUUGCAUAGCUCCAUCUGAUGCAGAUAUUGUUACAGAUAUAUAUGGUGAUUUAAUACAAAAAAGAGAUUUUAAUAAGAUAGCUAAAUGUGCGAUACUUUCAGCGAGAAAUAUUGAUGUAGACGAAAUUAAUAAACGAGUUGUUGAAUUACUAAAUGUAACAGAAGAACGAAUUUAUACAAGUGUAGAUAGUGCUGUAAACUGCGGUGAUAAUGGUGAUAUUGAAACCUUAACAUCAAUGAAGGACUUUGUAAUGGUACUAGAUUAA